UAAAGCUCGCCGCAGUUAUAAUCUACGUCAGUAAUCAAACGGUCACGGCGACGCGACGUGUGAACGUCUUUUGUGUGCAACAUAACGAAUAACUUUAAGCAUCAUGGUGUCGAUAGAUCUAUCGGACCCUGUGGUCCAAUCGUACCUAUUUUACUCCUCGAUAUUGGCUUUGAAGAUGUUUUCGAUGAGCGCUAUGACAGGCCAGACACGAGCCAAAAAAAACGUCUUUGCGAACGAUGAGGAUACAGUUAUAACAAAUGGAAAAGUGAAGUUUGACGAUCCAGAUAUAGAGCGGUUAAGGCGCGCGCAUCUAAACGAUCUGGAGAACAUCCCACCGUUUUGGGUGGUUGCUGCGCUGUACCUAACCACGGGGCCGUCAGCCUUCCUCGCCACCUGGCUAUUCAGACUGUUCACCGCGUGCCGCAUCAUGCACACUAUUGUUUACGUCAUCAAGCCAAUGCCUCAGCCUUCGCGCUUUAUUGCGUUCGUAAUACCUAUAAUCAUCAACAAUUACAUGGGAUUUAUAGUUUUCCUAACUUAUUUGGCGGUCCAAUCAUACAUCGUGUAUUCUGCAGUUUUGGGAGUGAAGAUGUUUGCGGUAACAUUUCUGACGGCAAGAGCUCGUUAUGCAAAGAACGUGUUUGCGAAUGAAGAGGACGCUAAAAUGAAAAAGGGAAAAGUAAAGUUUGACGAUCCAGAUGUAGAGCGAGUGAGGCGUGCCCACCUUAACGACCUGGAGAACAUCCCACCGUUCUGGGUGUUGGGAGCGCUGUACCUGACCACGGGGCCGUCAGCCUCAUUCGCCACUAUGCUAUUCAGAUUGUUCACCGCGGGCCGGAUCAUUCAUACGAUCGUCUAUGCUGUAAAGCCAUUGCCCCAGCCGGCGCGUGCGAUUGCGUUUGGUGUACCUAUGUUAAUCAACAUGUACAUGGGUGUUAAAGUUAUUCAAACGUUCAUUACUGCGUUGUAAGUAGGUAACUAGCCCUAAUUCAAUGUUCAACUAUACAAUAGAUUCGCGUGAGUUUUAACAGCCGCCUAGCCGCUUGGUGUCUCGUAAUGUGUAUAGAUGUGAAGGAAACCAUUGUAUGCGACCACUUCGGUAUUUAAUUUGAUAUUGUUGUCUCGUUCUGUGUAACUUGUAAUAGAAUACACGUGUGAAAGAUUUUUUCAAGAUUAUAUUUUAAUAAAUGUGUCCUACAAA